AUGGCUCCUCUCAAAAUAACCAAGAUCCUGUGUAUUGGAGCGGGCUACGUCGGUGGACCGACUUGCGCAGUUAUUGCCCUCAAAUGCCCACACAUCACGGUGACCAUUGUCGACCUCAAUCAAGCACGCAUAGAUGCCUGGAACAGCCCCGACUUUAACCUUCCCAUCUAUGAGCCUGGGCUUGAGGAUGUAGUUCGCCAAUGUCGUGGGCGGAACCUUUUCUUCUCCACCGAUGUGGACAAAGGUAUCCGUGAAGCAGAACUUAUUUUUGUCAGUGUCAAUACACCCACUAAGAAGAGUGGUGUUGGAGCUGGGUUUGCUGCCGAUCUCAAUUAUGUCGAGCUGGCAACCCGUCAGAUUGCGGCAGUUGCAACGACGUCGAAGAUUGUAGUAGAAAAAUCAACCGUCCCUUGUCGUACAGCCGAAUCGAUGCGGACUAUUUUGGAGGCGAACUCGAAACCUAACUGCCGGUUCGACAUACUCUCCAACCCCGAGUUUCUCGCCGAAGGCACUGCGAUAGCGGAUCUCUUCCAACCUGAUCGAGUUCUGAUCGGCUCGCUCCAGACUCGCGAAGGAAAAGACGCCUGCGCUGCUCUCGCCAAUGUCUAUUCCAACUGGGUACCCGAGAACAAAAUCCUUACUGUCGGUCUGUGGUCGUCCGAACUCUCCAAGCUCGCGGCAAAUGCUAUGCUUGCCCAGCGCAUUUCUUCCGUCAACGCCUUGUCCGCCAUAUGUGAGGCGACCGGAGCCAACAUAGACGAAGUCGCCCAUGCUGUUGGAUAUGACUCUCGUGUUGGUCCCAAAUUCCUCAAGGCGAGCGUAGGGUUUGGUGGUUCGUGUUUCCAGAAGGACAUCCUCAACCUCGUUUAUCUCAGCGAGAGCCUCCAUCUUCCUGAAGUCGCCGCCUAUUGGCGUCAGGUCGUCGAAAUGAAUGAGUAUCAAAAGCGUCGCUUCUCGAAACGUGUGGUGGACACGCUUUUCAACACGAUCACUGGCAAGCAUAUUGCUGUUCUCGGUUUCGCGUUCAAGGCUGAUACUGGUGAUACUCGCGAAUCUGCAUCCAUCACAUUAAUCCGCGACUUUCUUUCUGAGCGUGCCUUUGUCAAUAUUUACGACCCCAAGGUCAUCGAGUCCCAGAUCUGGUUGGACCUCUCUGAGGCGUGCCCGAAUAUGUCUCUCGAAAGUAUCAAAAAACAAGUCAAGAUAUGUAACAGUGCAGUUGAAGCCGCGCUAAAUACCGAGGCUAUCGUCAUUGCAACAGAAUGGAAAGAGUUCAAAGCAGUUGCGUGGACCGAAGUUUAUGAGCACAUGAAGAAGCCUGCCUUUGUGUUUGAUGGUCGUUUGUUGGUCGAUGCUGACGAGUUGACCAAAAUUGGGUUCAAGGUCUACCCCUCGUUCUUUUUCUUUGGCUCUGUUCACUCACAAUUUGACAAGGUUGCAACCAUUGGUCGUCCUACUGCAUAA